AUGAUUGAUGAAUUCAAGGAGGCCAUGAUCAGAGAAUUUGAGAUGAAAGAUAUGGGCUUAAUGACAUAUUUCCUUGGACUUGAAGUUUUACAGUCUGAUAAAGGAAUUUUUGUGUCACAAAAAAGAUAUGCAAAGACUUUACUGGAACGUUUCAAGGUGAGCAACUGUAAAGCAAUUAGAACUCCAGUAGAAAAAAGGUUGAAGUUAGAAAAAGGAGGAAAUGGAGAAUGUGUUAAUCCCACAUAUCUCAAACAGCUUGUAGGAAGUUUAAGAUAUUUAACUUCUACAAGACCUGACAUAGUAUAUGGAGUAGGACUUGUUAGCAGGUUCAUGGAAACACCAUUUCAACCUCAUCUACAAGCAGCAAGACGAAUCUUAAGAUAUGUAAAAGGAACAAUUAAUUUAGGAAUGUUCUAUAGUACUUCAAGGAAGGCAUAA